AGGAAGUAUACGGGGUCAACAGCAUUUCAGACACAGUCUGCAGAGCACUUCAAUAAGGUACAGACACGAAAUCCAGCUACGCAGGGAAACCGCAACCUAACUGACGAAAUUUUUCCUGCACACUGAACUGUCUGGAAUUUCGACAAUUAUGACCAAGGAACGCAUCAACUGCCCAUCAGGAGUAAGCGUCUCCAACAUUGCCGCUGUCAUCCGCCAGGGGGUGUCUGACCGAGACAGGCUUCUCCUUCAGUACGCCAUCGACAAGAUCCUGAACCAUGCUGCCUGGGUCUGGCAGAACAGCGAGCUCACAGUCAUCGGAGAUGGCGGCAAGGAGUGGGUCUUCUACUGCGGCAGUCCUUCCAACCAGUUCGUGGUCUACCACGACGGGAAUGACACGCAAGCCAGCAAGUGGGCAAGCAAGGGAUGGAAGCUGUUUCUGCACGAGACGGCUAGCGACAUUUGGAGCUGGGCAAAGGGGAUGGCAGAGAAGUACGUCAUCGGCCGGUUUGACCGCAUGAUUGAUGCCGCCGCAAAGAUGGCAAUAGAAUGGUACAAGCUGGGCUGAUCACUGCGUACCGUGAUCAGAAAAAGGCGUGCACGCAACAUAUGUGAACAGUGAAGGAAUAAGUUUUCGUUACAUUCAACAUCCAUGUACUUAUAUUUGUCUUUAAGUGCCUGCGUUUGGACUAGUAUAUUCCUUAAUAUUUUUGCUUUCGGUGCCCGGUCAGACGGUGGAGAAUACGAUUUCUAUCAUGGUAGCUUAUUGGUGAAGAUAUUCUGAUCAUGAUCAUGAAUCAUAUCAGCGCACUGCCUACCACUCGGUUGACCUUAUAAUAGCCUCAUCCGCUCACAAAACAUGCGGUAGGAACAAUUACAGGUUUUAUUCAUACGUUUUGAUCAUACUAUUCUAUACUAUACAAACACGUCUUAAACUACAUUUCUAACAUCAAUAAAAGACGAGAGGAAGCCGAACAAAUGUAUAAGAGUAGCUGUACUGAUGCGUUUUACAUUAGUGUUAGAACUUAGAAGUCAUCUCAAUGUCACCAUGUGUACUUUAUUACGACCUUAAGAUUUUGUAUCUAGUUUAGUAGUCUAGUAUGCUUGAACGUAUUUGGCCCGAUAGGGCAUGAAUGUAUGAAAACGGGCAAUCUUUAUUCAGUUAUUGGUAUGAAAUAU